AUAUUUGAAAGCAUGAAUUUAGAUUUAAAUAAAUUUUAUAUUUGACCUAUUUGGUCAGUAUGUUCCGUGCACCUUCAAGCCACCCGAUCCCUCCCUCCUCGAAACUUCACCAGAGGAGCCCUCGCAUGCGCGCGACCACAAGACUGACACAAGUCAAACACCAAUUACAUGCCGGUAUAUAAUUCUCUUAUGAAUGUACGAAUACGAUCCUCGAAUCUACGCCUUUGCCUCCGACUCGAUUCUCUAAGGUGACUCCCUAGUCAGUCUUCGAUUCAUGGAAUCCGUACUUUGAUCGUAGAAGUACAUCGAUUUUCCUUUUUUCCCGGAUGAGGAUGAAAUUUCCGACAUCUACUCCGAUUUUCUCUAUCGGAACGCAGUUUCCCGAUUUAAAUUGAUUGAUUUUUCAGGUUUUUCGGACCUUUAGCUAUGGAAAUUUCCUCGGCUGCUGCCGCUGUUGUUGUUGAUUUCUCGAAUUGGCGAACAUAGAUUUUGCUCUUGUUUUUGGAUUCCUCCGUAGGUUCUUUGAGGUGUUUGGGUUGCUGAGGAGUUGUGUUGAUCCGUUGAGGUUCUGUGAUAUUUUGCCUGUCUAAUUCCUCCAUCGAAGGAAAGAUGAGUGUGGCCAAGUCUCGGGUUUGGCAGCCCUGCAAGAGGAAGAGAUCUUGAUCUCUGAACUCAUCUCUCAGAUAAAGAGAAAAAAUCAAUAGAGAGGGAGAGAGAGAGAAAGAGAGGGUGGGGAGAGAAGAGGGAGAGAAACAGACAGAGGGAAAUGACUUCCCGGUCUAGCGGCGCGAGUCACACGAGGGUGGGGAAAUACGAGCUGGGGCGGACACUUGGGGAAGGCACGUUUGCGAAGGUGAAGUUCGCGCGCAACAUCGAAACGGCAGAGAAUGUUGCUAUAAAGGUUCUUGAUAAAGAGAAGGUUCUCAAGCAUAAGAUGAUCGGUCAGAUUAAACGUGAAAUUUCAACUAUGAAGUUAAUCAGACACCCAAAUGUCAUCCGCAUGUAUGAGGUGAUGGCCAGCAAGACGAAGAUAUACAUUGUUUUGGAAUUUGUCACUGGUGGUGAACUCUUUGACAAAAUUGCUAGUAAAGGGAGGUUGAAAGAAGAUGAAGCAAGAAAGUAUUUUCAGCAGCUCAUCAAUGCUGUGGAUUAUUGUCAUAGCAGGGGCGUUUUCCAUAGAGAUCUGAAGCCAGAGAAUCUACUGUUGGAUGCUAAUGGUGUUCUUAAAGUUUCAGAUUUUGGAUUGAGUGCAUUGCCUCAGCAAGUUCGAGAAGAUGGUUUACUUCAUACGACAUGUGGAACGCCAAAUUAUGUUGCUCCUGAGGUGAUCAACAAUAAAGGAUAUGAUGGAGCUAAGGCAGAUCUUUGGUCAUGUGGUGUGAUCCUUUUUGUCCUUAUGGCAGGCUACUUGCCAUUUGAAGAAUCCAACCUUGUGGCAUUGUAUAAAAAGAUUUUUAAGGCUGACUUCACAUGCCCCCCGUGGUUCUCUUCAAAUGCUAAGAAGCUAAUUAGAAGGAUCCUGGAUCCUAAUCCCUCAACGCGUAUUACAAUUGCCGAGGUUAUUGAGAAUGAAUGGUUUAAAAAAGGAUAUAAGCAACCUAGUUUUGAACAAGCAAAUGUGGGUCCUGUUGAUGUAGAUGAUAUUUUCAAUGAAUCAGUGGUCUCUCAAAACUUUGUUGUGGAGAGGCGAGAAGACCAACCUCCGAUGCCUGUCACUAUGAAUGCUUUUGAACUCAUCUCUACAUCUCAGGGUCUCAACCUCAGCAGUUUAUUUGAGAAGCAAAUGGGGCUUGUAAAACGGGAGACAAGAUUCACAUCCAAAUGUCCUGCCAAUGAGAUUAUCUCUAAAAUUGAGGAAGCAGCCACGCCUUUGGGUUUUGGUGUAAAGAAAAAUAACUACAAGAUGAAACUCCAGGGUGAGAAAACUGGACGCAAGGGUCAUUUGUCUGUCGCAACAGAGAUUUUUGAGGUGGCCCCUUCACUGUACAUGGUUGAGCUUCGGAAGUCUGGGGGAGAUACCCUGGAAUUUCACAAGUUCUACAAGAACCUCACCACUGGAUUGAAAGAUAUUGUCUGGAAAACAGAUGAAGCUAAGGAGGAAGGCAAUUGAUGCACUUCUGCUAGGCAACUGUUCUUGGAACAUCGAUGUUCUGCAGCGGCCCUUUAUGCUGCGAUUGGAAACUAUCAAUCAGUGUUGCUCGGCAGUUGUGCCACUGCAAUUGGAUUUUGGUUCUGCAACUAACAAUCAGUGUUCAUUUAUGUAGCUUUUGGAAACAUGAAUUUUACCAUUUUAUUUUGAGUUAAUAUGGAUUUGAACAAGACAUAAAAUACAUGUCCUCUUUUUUUUUUUAAGUCCAAAUUCAAGGUAAGGUUGUGUUCAGGAGCAUGGAUUUUAGGCCUCAAAUUUGGAUAUGUGUAGAUUAUUAGAAAACACAGAACAAUUUUAUAUUUCCAAGGCAAUCUAAAGCCAUAAAUUUUCAAAUGUUUUAUAUUUCAAACAAUCUAAAGCCAUGUAAAUUCAAUUUAAGGUUUGGAGUCCAGAUUCCCAAACAUGAGAUUAUUGUUUUUUAAAGUAAAUUCAUUCCUUGACUUGGGAUAAAGUCGUAAUGUUCCCAUGCAACGUGUGCUGAUGCAGUUACUGGUUGAUCCUGCACCAGUCCGCAUAUUUAGCGCAUUUAUAUAGAACUAGAAGACAUUUAGAAGGAUUUUAUUGCAUCAUCCUUACCAGUCUCAUGCACCUUAUUUCAGCCUUUCGAUUUCUGCCCCUAGUCUGAAAACCCUAGAGCCAUUGUGUUUGGAUUGAGAUAAGAUAUAAUAUAAAAUUGUAUUGAAAUUAGUCUAAAUUUAUCUAAAUCCAAAUUUAAGGUCUGAAAUUCAUGCUUUCAAAUGCAAAAUUACAGUUUUAACCAGUUUUUUAGUAUGCGUUUCUCGCGUGUUGGCUCUAAAUCACAUGUUCUUGGUAGUUUGGUAGGUACAAGCCCUGAUAUCAUCAGAUUUACUGAAAAAAUAAAUGAAAAUAAAUAAGAAAGAACAAGAAGAUGGGUCAGCCAGGAAAUGAGAGGAAUAAUUGUCUUUUAUUUGCUAUCAAAUUUGUGGAAUAAUGUUCAGAAUACUGAAGUCCUCGUUCCAUUGUCAUGCCAGUUCCAGCAUUUGAUGUUUUUGCUGCCGGUCAAAUUUGUUGAGCCAUUUUAUAAGGGCGUAACUAUGAGUUUUGAAUUUCCAGGUGGCAGGUGCUCAUGCUGCAUCAGUUGGAGACUCUGCUUUCCCCUUCAUACGAACGUCUAUAAUGAGCUUGCGAUGUGUUGUAUUGUACACGAAUUUUUGAGGUAGCAAGUGCAUUAGCGAUGGAACGAGUGUUCAUAAAAAGAGUUUAUUUAUUUUUUAUUCUGGACGCCCUUACACCAUAUACAUUAUGUUGGUUCCAAGUUUGCUCCCUUAGUUAUUGGACUUCUUUUCA